CUCAAUAAACCGGAUGUUUUUAUCUCCCUUACACGCAUGCGCUGAACUUGUUUGUAUUGGUAAAUGGUGGUUGAUAAUUUGACCUGUGCAUGUUUAAAGGAAAACUCCUAAUCACAUACAGAAUUUUGUAAUUAAUGAUUGAAUUAUUCUUAUUCAAGCUGACUAAAAAUGAGUUUAUCUGAAUUAAUGGAACUAAGUCAACAUUUGCAGCAGGAACAUUUGUUUGUUUCUACUGAGCGUGAGCAGUUGCAACGUUUAUAUCACAGUGUAACACUCUUGUCCGAAAAGUUAUUUCAUAAUGCAUGGAUUGCAAGACAACAGAAAAUUAAUCUACAGCAAUAUUUUGAUCAAGGCACAAAUGCGAGUGAAAGUGGGGAGAUUUAUGGAACAAAUAAUCAGCUAGAAGCUACAAACUUUGUUGACUCUUAUAAAAUAUUUAGCUAUCAUGAUACAAAAUAUGGAGAAUUGUUCAAGUUUCUAUAUGAAAAUCCAUCAAUGUUGGCAUCUUUAAUAUGUGAAGCAGAUAGACAGAGUGGUCAAAAUAUAGCCAGAAUUAUUAGUUUGAUGAUGACAUCAAUUUAUGGAAAUUGCAUCCUUCAGGAAGAUGAAACUGUUGUUUUACAACUUUUGAAAACCCUUCUAGUAAAUCAGAUUGCUAACAGUGAUAAUCCCCGCAGAUUGAUACGCCGCCAAAAUACACCAUUUUCGCUUAUAUAUAAGUACCUUACAGAAAAUUUAUUUUCUGCUAGGCUUUUUCUCACAGCUGCCCUUUAUGACCCCAUUAUGAGACUACUUAUGGAAGAUGAAUGGUUUUUUGACAUUGAUCCUGAUAAAGCAUUUGUGAGAUUUCCUCCCUCUGAAAAGUUAAGGAGAUUUGGGGAGGUUGGUACAGAAGAGCAUAUGCAGAAGCAAGCUCAAUAUCGAACUUAUAUUGUAGACAAAUUGGUGUUUUUGUCUUUAAGAUUCAUUAACAGUAUCAAGUCCAACAUUCAUUGUUUUCCACCUUGUCUGGGAUGGUUAGUGUCACAGGUUUAUCGGAUUUUAACAGAAAGAGGGCAAGUUAGUAUGCAGGAAGUCAGAGCCAGUUGUGCUGACCUGGUUUUUGCCUUGUUUAUUUGUCCUGCCAUCUGUGACCCAGAACCUCAUGGUAUUACAUCAGAUGUCCCUAUAAGUCAUAUAGCCAGACAUAACUUAAUGCAGAUGGCUCAAAUUAUUCAGGUUUUAGCUAUUUCUCAGUGGGAGGAAAUUGAUCCAAAAUUGAGGGAUCUUUAUGGUAGAUAUGACAAGGGAUGCAUGUCUUCUGUAUUAGACAUGUUCUUAGAAGGACCAUGGGAAGAUUUAACAGAUCAUUUAUCUUCAGCUAGACAUGUUCAAGGUGCAUUCCUUACACGAUCUGCUGUCUUGCUUCAAUCAGGAGACAUCAGGUUUUUGAUUGGUAUUUUAAGAAGUACCCUAUGUCACUUGGAUGAAAAGAUGCCUUGUAAAAAACUUUUGGAACAAUUAUUAUCAUCAUUGCCUGCUGACAUGCCUCCAUCAGCAGCAGAUAAUUUGUCACUGCCUGGUGGUUCAGGUGUCAUCACACCUAGUCUAACAGAUUCUCCUGGAACACCAACAACUGACAGAAAAAUGUUUUCUAAAACUAAAGCACAAAAAAAGAAAAGGUCUACUACUACAGCUCCACAACUUGAGGAUCUUUUAGCUGAUAAUAUUGAUGAAAGUAAAUUGAAAUCCCUUGGGGAUGUUCUCGUUAUUUCUAUGUAUCCUCCUGGAGAAUGUCCAGGCAUGUUGCCUGAGAGAAAGGUGCUUUCCUCUAUGGUGGACAAAGCUAGUAAACAAAGUGUUUCACAAGUACCCCCUGUCAAUACUUCACAGCCAACUGCAAACCCGGAAAUACAAGAGAAAAGAACAAGAUUUUCAUUAUCUCAUGAUCAAGAAUCAAUUGGUAACACUAGUGAUUAUCAAGAAGUUAUUUCUGAGGCAGCUUCUAGUCAUUCUGUUGAGGAUGAAAAUGAACAAGAGGCAGACAAUUUGUCUGAUAUGAUGUCUGCUAAUGUGAGUGGUAGAGGAUCUCCAUCUAUUAGUGGAAGAGACACACCAUUAUCACAGGCUGGUAGUGUGGAGGAAAAUCCUGCAGCACCACCACUUCCAGUGCCUGUCCCUGAGACAGUUAGAAAAGAAAACAGAGUUGAUGUCACUGAACGCUUUGGCAAAUUUGAAAUCAAAGCAGAAUUGGCAAUGGAAAGAGAUGAAUGUAAGUCCACUGUUAGUGACACAUGGAGUACUGAUGUUUUAGCCAGUGACUCUGAACCUCCUGAACAGAAUCAGGUCGACAGAUUAGAGGAAGUAGCAGAAGAGAUUUCAAGGCCAUUGUUACUGGGAUCAGAGCCUAUAUCUGAGAUCUCUGAGACAGCGAGUGAUGCAUGGAGUACUGAUGUAUUGGCCAGUGAUACUGAUGAAAAGCAUUCUGAACUUCUCAAAGAUCUUGAACAGGAUCUAAUUGUUGGGGAGCAGAAUGAAGGAGAAUCACUAUUGUUGCAAGAUGAAGGAGAAGAGAACAUAGAAAUUGAACAACUAGGUGCUGUAGGUGGUAGUGGACAGCAUGUGUCUGAUGCUAAUGACCCAUUUUCUUAUGCAUUCUCUGAUGCAGCAUCUAAAGCAACUGUAGAGGAAGUUGAAAGAAAUGGGAAAAAAAUUUCUACAAUAGUGCAUCAUUUUCAAUCUGGUUCUAGCCUUCAGUUACCAGUACCUACUAUUCACCGUGCUCCAUCACAAACAUUGAAGAAUACAGAAAGCAGAGUGAACACAGUUCUAUCUGCAUCAGAAACUAGUUCUUUCAGUCAACCAAUAGCACUCUUACCUUCAUCUGGUGCCAAGAACAAGAUACUAGAGAAAAAAGCAGUUAGUGAGUCCAAAUCUGCAGCAGAUGAUCAGUUUAAUGAAUAUGAUCCCCUUGUGGCUGGACCUAUUACCCCUAGUGGGCGUAGAAAAAGUAAAGAUAGAUGGCCUUGGAACAAAGGCAGUAAAAGUAGCAUAGAUCAACUUACCUCCACCAUUCAAGCUACCUCCACAGAAUUACAUGGGACUAGUAUAGCUGCAUCCAAUAGAAGUGGCAGAAAAUCUUCCCAUGAUUCAGGUAUUGAUAUAUGGGUUAACACAAAUGGACAGAUGUCAGGUAGUUCUUCUCGAUCUUCAGCUGCAUUAAUGAAUGCACGGUCAUCUUUGGAUUCCAGUCUGAAGCAACAUCAUCCUACGCCUCUUCCAGGCAGAGCAUCAUUAGAUUCCAAUCUUCAGCGUUUACAUUCAGUUGGAGGUUUUACUUCUAGUCCUGACUCAGGUUUACAGUCUGCUCAUUUAUCCCCCAAUUCCUCAUUGGACAUCAAUACUCCUUUAGAAAUGGACAAUCCUCUAUUUCAACUGAACAAUUCCUCUUCUGCAAAUAUGCAUUCAUCUGAUGGAGCUAUUACAUGUUUACAUUAUUAUGGCCAAGAUGAAAGUAAAAAUCCUAAUCCAAGCACACCUCUUAUUGAAGUUACAGAUAUGUUUAAGACUAUUUCUGACUGUGAAGACCAAGGAGAUUUUUCUAACAUUGAGGAACAGCAAAUUUCUAAUUUAAAUGAAAGAAGAUUAUCUACUGCCAUGAUUGAGCCUUUUGAUCCAUUCUCUCUGACAUCAAAUGAAGGAACAGAAUCAACAGCAGUUAGCUUGACCCAAGGACCAACAGCAGGGAUUGUAAAGACAACUUUCAACAUUGGAGAAGAAAAGACCAAGUUGGAGCAAGAGUUUCAUCUUUAUGAAAGAACAGAUAGCACUGGAAGUAUAGUAUCCUCUUCCUCUCUAAAGGUGGAAGAAAAGGAUGAUGGAGAGAAACAGAAGAGAACCACAUCAGGGACUGGAUUAUUUCGCACAAUGAAAGAUAAAUUUAAUAAAGUUAAAAGAAAAAACACAAAGUCUGAUAAAGAUCCUGAUGGUGCAGAAGUAGAGAGUACAUUCAAACAAGGCUCACAAAACAAUACAAAUACAUCCCAACAAGAUACAGACGAUAUUUUGGCUAAAUAUCGCACUCCCAAAAAGAGCUUCCCCAAAUCUGUCAAUGUCACCAACAACAACAAUAGCAGCUCUAUCAACAACAAUAAUUCCUCUAAGAUGGACUCUACAGAUGGCAGAAUCCCCAGCAGUAGCUCUGAAGGUCAGGCAGCACUUGAUGAUAGUAUACCACAGAUACUAGACCUGGACCACCCUGAAACAUGUCCUGGUUUUGUUGAUGCAAAGCGAAAGCUUCGGCUAGUUCUAAGUACUGGAGAUAUUUUCUAUACUGUUGGACAGGUUCAAUCUAGCAGCCCAAGAGAAGGAUUGUCUUUACGUGAAAAUGAGCUGUUAAACCUUCUCAAUACUCUUCUAGCUGAAGCUAUCAACUUACAGAACAAAGAUUUGGUAGCUCAACUCUAUGAAGUCAUUAGAUGUAUCAAAAUGUUUGACUCUGAAGGAUGCAGAAAACUUUUAGAGUCAAUGAAAGAAGACUACUGCCAACGAGGAGAAUAUAUAGCCUAUUUGGUUCGAUGUCGUCAAGGCUUAUUGGUCACCAGACAUCAGCUACAAAGACUACUUAAUAGAAUUAACAGAGAAAAGGAGAUCUGCAGUAAACACCUUACAAACAUUUGUGCCAGAAAUUUCCUUGAAAAAAGAGAAAAGAGAAUGUGGAAGUUCAUAGCAGAGUUUCAGAAGUUGUCUCUUUCAGAUGAAAAGAUUGACUUAGUGGAGCAGUUUGUACAGAUACUAUAUCAAGAAAUGGCUGUAGAUCCACUUUGGAAAUCUGCUACAGAUAGUCAGUUGGAGGAUGGACAACUUGCUAUAGAGAGACUACUCAUGAGCCGUAUCUAUACACAUGCUAUGUAUCCUAAUGGUGAUGGGGAUAUAAUGAGAGAUCAGCUUCUACAAGAACAUUUACGUAAACUGAGUAAGAUCAUUAGUCCAUCACACAAAGAUUUGAGAAUACCUCGAAUGUAUCAUUUGGAGUGUCCUUGGCCAGCAGCACAAAAAGAAAUUUACAUGAUCAAUGCUUACAGAACACCUAAAGACAAGAUUCAGUGUGUUCUACGUUGUUCUCAAACUAUCAUGAACCUGCUAAGUAUGGCCAAUGAGAAAUCAGUCCCUGCAGCAGAUGAUUUUAUGCCUGUUUUAAUCUUUGUUCUUAUUAAAGCUAAUCCUUUUGGUCUCCUGUCCACCAUUCAAUAUGUCAAUAGUUUCUAUGAGAACAGGUUACAAGGGGAAGAACAGUACUGGUGGCUUCAAUUGACAUCAGCUGUAGAGUUUAUCAAAACAAUGGAGUAUUCCACUUAAUUCCAUACAUUCAGAUUGUUCUAGACUAGUUAGGUGUGGAAGUCUUUGUACAUGUGCUGUAGGCCUACUUAUAUCUAUUUUUUCUGGCACAUAGACUAAGACUGAAGAAUUACUAGUUGAUGAUUUACUACUGUAGUUAUGUACUUUUACUGAGCUGUGAUUCUAUUGGAACUUGAAACUUUUAAUAAAUGUUUAUUCUCUCCCUAUUUAGUCAUAAUUAUUCAUUGAAUGAAAUUAUAUUUAUAAAGACCAUGAUAUUUAUUUGCAUAGGUCCAUUAGAGAAAACAAAAAAGGACUUUCAUAUUUUGUUUCCAUUAUUUACUGUCAAGUCACUUUGUUAAAUAGACUUAAUGUUCACUUGUUGUUGUUGUUUUUUUUCCUUCACAUGUGAUAUUUCUUUGCAUACUUUUGUUUUCAUCACAAUUUGAAGACAAUAUCACUGGAUAGUAUUAAAGUAGAACUAACUUCA